AUGGACAUUGUCUGUAAGGAGUUUCCAAAGCCAAUUUGUUUUAACAAAGAAACUGAGGCAUUUGAAAUUGUAGAUAAUGCCAAGCGAAAUCUGAUAAAACAGUUGAGAAAUUUGGAACGUUCUUUAACUCCAAUGAACCCUGUUUACAAUGUGACAGUCAAAUCUAAAAUGAAUUAUCCUCCACGAAACCUCACUGCUGCGGAUUUGAACUUUGAAACCACCUUCACUACACAGUGCCUCGACCAGGAGCAGGGCGUUUCAUGGAUAAAAAAUGAGAGACUCUCAGCAUUCCUUAAGAGUGACUGUUACUUUGAGUACAGACUUGCAAAAUUGCUGUCUCAGUUAGACUGCCACACUAGGCCCGGUACACAACGUGUAGACAGUGCAUACCAUCCAUGGGUUGUUCUAUCAGAAAGAAAAACCAUCCCUACAGUGGUAGACAAAGCUGAACUUGCCAUGAAAGAAUUGUACAUCUGCCUUGGACAGGCUUCUGUUAGCCAAACUAAAGCGUUGUUCACAGAGGCCAAAGAAGAAAUUCCACUGAUUGUCAUCCAGUCAGACCACAGGCCUACGUUUAUGACUGGGACACCUGUACCAUCACCAAGAGCUUCCUUGCAAACUUUAAGAAAUGAAGACUCUAAUUUUUCACUCUUGCAUGAUGUUAUGAUGAGCGUUGAAGCUGGAAUGUUGCCAGUUAGAAAUAAAACUAGCAGACAGCACUCGAAUAAAACACAUUUCGAAACUGAUCAUGAUCAGUGCACUGCUGGACAUAACAAGCCACAGGUUGUGGAUAAUGAAUUAUUUGAAUUUGUUCCUGAGUACCCUUUGCAGGCACCAGCAACAAUUUUUCUGACAGCGAGGUCUGAGAUUGAAACUGAAGAAAAUGAAGAUCAAUACAGCACUGAAAAUUCAAUAGAAAUCCAAGAGGAAGAAGUUAGUAUAGUUAGUGGAACAACAGAAAGCUCAGAGACCAAACUCCCUUCUAAACCUGAUGAAACAGAACCUCCUUUGAACAAGAAUCCAGUGAUUGACACUCAUGUGGUGCCAACGUCAACUGUUUUAAAAGGUUCUGAGCAGAAUGGGGACGCAUCAUCAGAAGAGAGUAACAGUACAACUUCUCAAGGUUUAACGAAAGGUGUGGAAGAGGAAAGUAUAGAAACUGAUUCUUCCAGUGAAGAUGAUGAUAUUAGACAUGUCUGCUAUGCUACACCACAUCAUCAUUAUAAUUUAAAGAACAGAAAGGGAAUUGAAAAGUUCAAGAAGUUUCUCCAGGGAACAGCUGGCGAGAAGUACUGGUGGCUGUGGAUGGAUAUUGAAAGAUUAAAAAUUAUCGAGGAUGACAAAAAGAGACAAAGCUACCUGAACCUCAUCAGGAAUCGUUAUUUGUGUAGCAGUGGUGAAUUCUACCUGAAUGCAGAAACGCGUGCAAAGCUGCAUCUGUUAUUUGUCUCAAAUUGGACUUUAGAAAAUUUGUGUCAGAUACAGUCAAAUAUAGUGAUACCUCUACUUCAAUAUUGGGGUCCAAGGUAUUGUAUUAACCAAGGCUUUCCCAUAAGAAAAGCUGGCACUAUACUGAAAGAUUGGGAAGAUCGUCACCUGAGACCUAAGUCGGAAAUAGGUCCACCUACUAAGACUGCUAUAUCAAUCCCAAUUCGUACCAAAAUUGAUUGCACUCUGGAAGAGGUAUCAUAUCAGUAUGACAAUAUCCAGGAAAAACAGUCAGCAAAGGAACUCCCAGAUAGUGCAACUCACGUAUCACCACAUAGAAAUCCACUGAAAACAGAAACAGAGAAAACGACAUUCGAAAAGAUGCGGAUCAAAAAUUACCACGAAGCUUUAUGUGAUUAUAGAAUGGACAACUUGCUGCAGGCCCUGCACCAUGAAAACGGGACUGGAUACUUCUUCACUUCUUUUUGCAAACAAACAGGAAAUCUGUUAUGGCGGAAUAGUAUCAACGUGUGGUUUGACCUGAAAGAGUAUCAACAACUUUUUUAUGCAGAAGUCUUUCAACCUUUCAAACUCAGGAGACAAGCUCAGUUAAUUUUUGCUAAAUACAUUGUUGACGAAUCUCCAGAAGAUGUGGAAAUAGAUGCAGAAAGCAAGAAAAUAAUCUAUCAAAAUCUGGAGCCACCUUUCGAAGAACUGUUUGAUGAGGUGGAGGAAUAUGUUCUCAUUGUGCUACUGGUUCCUUGGAUGCACAUGAUUGAAAUGGACAGGUCGAGUUUCAGAAAGGUGGAGUUGAUAAAGCAGACUCGGAAAUUGGAUUCAAUAUACUACAAGAAACUUGAGGAACUACGGAGAAACAUGUUUCCUGAUGAAGAAUUGAUUCUUCCUUCCCGUUCAGUCAGUGUGGUAAAACCUUCAGAUGAUGUGAAAGGCUCAAACUACUGGCAGAUUGUUCCUGAAGAAUUCUGUAAUUACACAUUGAAUUCACUUAUUCGUAAUCGCUUAGACCUCGAGAAUUUCCAGGUAUUCCUUCAAGAAAAUUUAGCAGGUAUGGAUCUCAAGUGCUGGAUGGACAUUGAAUACUUCAGAAGAAUACCUCACAAUGAAAAGGAGACUAGAGAUAUUACGUCCAAAGAGAUCAAGGCCAAAUAUUUGAAUAGGCAGUACUUCUUUGGACCCAGUAGCCCAGCUACAAAAGUACAACAAAAUGAGGUGAUGACACUGGCUGGGGGAUGGGGCAAGUUGCUGCAUGAUCAAUUGUCUUCAGAUGUUCUCAUUGAAGUUCAAAAAUAUGUAAAAGCACGCUUGGAAAGAAAAUGGCUGCCAACGUUUCUGGCUUCACAAGAGUUUUCUCAGAGGCACCGUCAACAGGUACAAAUGCACGAUGUAGUGGAGGACCAGAUGUUACAAAAGGGUAAGAAGAAGCUCCAGUGGAACAAAUGGCUUUCCUCAUCAAACGAAAUCAUCGCAUUCCGUAAAACCUUGUUAAAUCCAGUUACAGCCCUUCAGUUUCAACAGUUUGUGUCCCUGAAGGGUGAAUUUAUGCAGAAUAAUGUCAUCUUCUGGCUUGAGGUUCAAAAGUACAAGGACAUGUACCAUUCUCAGGCUAGUGAGGAGACUAUUCGAAAUAAGAUCACCUCCAUCAUUAAUUGUUUCAUCAAUUCCAGCAUUCCUCCACCUAUACAGAUCAAUAUUUCAUCAGAAUGUGCAAGAAGUAUCAUGAAUUACAGACAAGAUCAGGGACCGUAUAUCUUCAGAGAAGCACAGCUGACAGUAUUUGACCUUCUCUUCAAAUUAUGGCCGGACUUUUUGAACUUCCGACAUAGUGUUGCCGAUGAGAGCAUCCUGCCAACCUCGGAAAGAAAACUAAUGAGGAAAUAUAGAAGUGUCAAAAAGAGCAUAACAUCAGAGAGCUCAGUGCAGGAUGUUCUGCUGGGUGCAAAUGAAUUACAAUUUGAGAGCAGAAAGUCCAGCAUAAGUCAACUAUCUGAGAAGAGUGAAGAUAGUGAACAAAAGAAACUAUAGGAAACUAAGCCAAACUAAUACAGGCUGACAACUGAAAAUAAACUUGACUAACCUAUGAAUUAAAGUAACUUUUCACCUGAA